UGUGAGUUAGUCAAACAGAUUUGGCAACAAAGCAGCAGCAGGCGGACUUUGCCUGCUGCGAUCGGUCGGAGAUCUUUUAUUGAAGCCUGGCAGAGUGUGUUAGUGCAGUUUAGUUCUCAGGAGGAAGAUGAGCGCCACCAAGAUAUGUUCCGUUUUUGUUAUUGGGGUCAUGUUGUGUGGAACCAGUUUGGCCACAAGGAAACAGAUGGCCCAGCAGACAGCAGACAGACAACAGGGGGGCGCUGUUAUAUUUUUCACUGCUUACCAGGGAUCGCUGAGAGAUCUCUUGUUCAACCCAAUUAUUUUCAACCAAGUGUUGGUGAACCAGGGCUCUGCCUACAACAACGACACCGGUGUGUUCACUGCGCCGCUCGCUGGCAUCUACCAGUUUGUUUUUGCUGCCCAGCUGUGCCGCGGUACCCACAACAACCACUGGUACUUUAUGGUCAAUGGGGUCCAAAAUAUGCUCUGCCACGCUGAGGUGACUGCUGGUAAAACAACCCUCAACACUUGUUACUUCAUGAAGGAACUGAAGAAAGGUGACCAGGUGUGGGUGAAACAAAGCCCUGAGAGCUGCUGCUGGGCCAGCUCUACCUCUAAGACAAUCACCUUCUCUGGCAUCCUGCUGGCGAGUGAUAGCGUGUCCAUGCUGGGGGGGAAGUAUGGCAGCUCCUGUCCGCUGCCCAGCAGGAACAUGAUGCCCAGUUCUGCAGGCCGGACCGUCGCUCUGUCCGGAGUGGUUGUCACCCUGCAACUCAGCCAGUUCCUCUGGGAUUAAUCUAAGCAGAGAUAUAUACCUUAGCUGUUUAAACUUCUAUUUCAUUCAGUUGUAUUCAAGAUUUCUAAACGUUCAAGAUUGUUUUUUCUUUAUAGGUGUAUUUGGAUUUUUAAGACUCUUUAUUUUUCUGCAAUUUUAACUUUUAAUGGACAAACAGGUUUGUCAGUCAUCCACAAAUCGCAAAAUAUACUAUUUGGAGUCACCCAGAAAAUUCCAUAUUUUCCAUGAAAACUCCCACUUUUAUCCAUGUGCUAACAUAACUGCAAAAGGGUUUUCUAAUCAUCAAUGAGCCUUUCAACUAGCCUAGCCGCGCUAGAUAACCCAUGGCAGCGAAUUUAAUUCUAUGCCAGGGUGGGUCUAGUUACCCUCGGUAAGCCUUGAGGUUGGAUGCUCCUAAAACUGGCCGAGGAAUCACCAUGAAGUGUAGAGUCAGAAGGCGGGCGUAACUAAGUGACGACAGAGGUGCGACGAUUCUGACAGAAACAACCGGAAACAACUAGCCUAGCCGCGCUAGACAACCCACGGCAACGAAUUUAAUUCUCUGCCAGGGUCGACAACAAAAACGACAACAGUCGUUGAGCUCCAUUAGCACCGACUCUGAAUAAUCUUUUUGUUAACAUGUCUGUAAUAUACUUGAGCUUCACCCAUUGACUGUAUAAAUAAGGCUUCACCGAACUCCCGAAUCCUCUGAUUUCCAGCACUCUAGGAAGUACGUCAGUUUAUUCGUUACGCUGAUUGGUUGUAUACCUACCCAAUUGCUGCAGAGUGAUUUGAAAGACAACCUUUUAGCCCGCCUCCCUACCUGUCGAGAGUUCCUAGACCCUUGCGUCUUCAGACCUGAGUCUAGCGCGGCUAAGCUACCUUUCAACAGCAUUAGCUAACACAAUGUAGCAUUAGAACACAGGAGUGAUGGUUGCUGGAAAUGCUCCUCUGUACCCCUAUGGAGAUAUGUAGAGUCCGGCCUAUAUAGAGAAAGAAUCUGUGUUUCAGAUUCUUCCUCUAUCCCUCCUUAAACUGUGUUCAUUUGUGACUGUUUGGUCAAUAUUUGUGCAAUACUUCUGUCACAGAAAUAGGAAAUUCUCUUUUAAGUUUUACACUGAAUUUGUACAUUGAAGGUGCGGUGGUAAUGCUGAAUACAAUCUUUUUCUUUUUUUAAAUGCCAAUUUUGGUCCCCAAA